AGACCAUCUUAUAUCUUGGGCGCAUCUGAUCGAGAGAUAUUACAGCAUCGGAGAAACAAUGGGAAAUUAUCGCUCUUGACCUUGUCACGAGGACAAGGAGAGACAGUGACGGUGGAGGCGACAACUAUUUGUCCGCUUCCCGGACACAGAUUAUUCGGCGGGAUCACGUAGACGUCUAACUCGGGAAACUAUUUGAACUCAUUCAAGUCGCACACACUCAAAAACAUAGGGUCAUACUCGACAAACAAGCGGGGGACAAAACUUUUAUCUGUUUCUCAAACCGUUUUUUUUUUUCUUUUUGUGGGAUUCUAGAUGCUUUUUUGGUGCUUGCGCUAUCCUGAACUCGAAGGGCGUGAAGAAUGCCCGCGAAGACGGUGAAUCGUCUCUUCUUUGCGGCUGGUGUUAUAUUCCAAUGCUUCACUUUUGGGACAACAGAAACGUGCGACUUUGAGAAUGGCCUAUGCGAGGGUUACAAGACCAACUGCUCUCAGCAAGCCUGCUUCAAAGUGGCACGAGUGAGUGACUUGGAUGUCGGACCCAGCGUGGACCAAGGGCCGGGCACAGAAAGCGGUUCGGUCGCGUACGCUUCGGGCGAGGGGAUCGCUCGACUACGGCGUUCCUUCGAGGCGCCUUUCUGCUUCUCCGGCUGGUACCACCUGACUGGCGUGAAGCGGCCCCGCGUGCUCUUCCGCUGUACGGGACCCUUCUCCAUGACCUUCCAUCUCUCGUCUGAAGCCUUCGUCGGCUUCUGGCACAGGGUUGUGUACCCGGAGACGCGGACCGGACUGGUGAACGUUUCCAUAUCGACCUCCGUUAAAGCCGGCAAGGGAAGCAAUUUUCUCGCUCUGGAUGACAUCACGUUCCAACCGGGCCCCUGUCCUUCAGCUCCGAAGGACGGUUCUUGUGACUUCGACUGGGAUGACGCUUGUGGCUACAGCGUGGGGAACGGCUCAAACCUCUGGCGGUUGAACCAUUGGAAGAGGAGCGAGAGUGUCACGGCUUGGUUGACAAACAAGGACGUGACAGUUGGAUUUGGAGGUGGCUUCGCUACUUUCAUCGCUCCAGUGGGCACCGAGUCGAACGGUUUGCUCAGUUCCCCGCAACUGAAAGGGCACACGGGUCGUCAGUGCUUACGGUUCUACUACUACGUCUCGGAAAGUGCAAAAGGAGGCGACGAGGCUGUUCCGCACGGACUCCAAGUUUUGGUUACUGAAAAUGGCGGAUCGCAGAGGAUUAUUUGGGGACUUUCCGACGAUGCUCUGUUCCAUGAUCAAUGGAGUCCGGCUCAAGCUUCUUUCGAUGGCUCAAGCACUUUUCGGUUGGAUUUUGAAUGUUACGUUGGAGCCGGAUCUCAUGGUGGAUUCUACUGUGGCCUGGAUUAUGUACGCCUCACUGAAUGUGCACGUUCUCUGGAUAUUAGUAACCAAGACUGCGACUUUGAGGGAGGGUUUUGUUCCUGGAUGAACCUCGGCGGUAGCUACGACGGCUAUGGUCUAUGGACGCGCGGGGGUGGUGCCACCAAGACAACGCUCCCAAAACCCAGCAAGGAUCACACCCUCGGAACGAGUACCGGUUCCUACCUUUUUUACAGUUCUUUCGGGGAGAUAAAAGGCGCCACGGCACAGCUCGUGAGUGAAGCGAUUCUUUCAAAAGGACGGGCGACCAACUGCUUGGAGUUCCGCUACAUUGUCGCGGGAGACAGAGAUACAAAGCUCAGAGUAAAAGUCACGUCCGUGGCGAACGAUGUAAAAGACGCCAAGCAUCAUCAGCUGCUAUGGGAAGCUGAAGCCGGGGAAUUCGAUACAUGGCUGUUGGGACGAGUCGCACUCUCGGACAAGUCUAGGGUCAUAUUCGAGGCUGUGACCGGAUCGGGGAAUCCACCCGGUUAUAUUGCACUGGACGACUUGAGGGUCUUCACCAACGAUUCGUGCGAGACGUUUCCCAAAACUGACCCAGAAACUACAGCAGUGGACCACCUCUUGGAUUGUGACUUUCAAGACCAGAGUCUGUGCAAGUGGUCGUUCGAACCCAGGGACAGCAGCGUCGUGUGGCGUUUCGGGAGCAGGUCGUUGCCACAAACGAACAUCGGACCGACACCACUUCCCGCUGAAACUCCUGGCACAUUCAUCUUCACCAAUCGUGGGAUGAUCUUCAAGAACCGCGGUUCUCUGUACCUGACAUCCCCGAUGGUUCCUCGUCAAACCCACCCCGUUUGCGCCACCCUACGAUACCACUUUUUCGGAGCCCUGGGAGCUUACAUCCGAGUGUCCUUGCUGACGGACAGGGGCGACGGGAUUCCAGGGAGUGCAAAGACUACUUCGUUCAUCUACCACAUGGACCGUGUUUCGGUAGAUCGCUGGUUCACCGUUCGACGUACUUUGGACAUGAAGAGCAAGUUCAACCAGAUUAAAGUACAAAUAGGAAGUAACGAAGAAAGACCUUCUGAGAUGGCGUUCGGCCCAAUGGAGUUUACGAGCGGAGCUUGUCAAGUCGUCACCGACACCUUGGGUUGGUGCGACUUCGAGUACGACACCUGCGGAUGGACCUUGAGUGAUCCCAGCAGCGGCUGGAGACGCCAGUCGAACGGCGAGAAAUUUGUACACUCCCACACCCGCUCAGGACCACCCGAUUCAAACUAUUUCCUGGAGCUGCAAAGAGGCCGCGCAACCAACGACUCUACGGUGACGAGCCCAUGGUUUCGAGGGCGUUCUGAGCCCUAUUGCCUGAGGUUCUGGUACCGAAGGGACAACCUGAGCCUCGGAAAAAUCGUCGUAGAACUGGAUUCGGCGGGAGGCGGCCAGCCUGUCGUCAUGUGGGAACAACCGCCGUACCCCAAGAAUGAUUGGAUGCUGGCUCUUGUACCCAUCGCUCACCUGGAGGAAUUUAAGGUGGUGUUUCGGGUAAACGGGGGUGCAGGCAAAGGGUACCCUCUGUCCAGUUUCGGAAUCGAUGACGUGCAACUCGACCCCGAGCCCUGCAGACCGCUCUUUGAGUGUGACUUUGAAGAAGACUUUUGCGGUUACGUGAACGACUUCACGCGUAGAGGCGUGCAGUGGCUGGUGGGCACAGGGCGGGUCGCAGUGCCGAAGCUGUCCCCGAAAAUUCCGCCGCCCCAUAACCCAUCGGCAGAAGCCUCUGGAGACGAGUCCAAGUCUUGGACGAGGUUCGCCUACGUUGACUUAACCGUUCCCACCGGUCGGCCGAGUGGCUGGACGCCACCUGCCGGGGCUGAAAAGGCAGACUUGGUGAGCCCCGUGUUCCAAGUAGACGACAAGCGAGACACCCUUCGACUGACGUACUUCCGAAGCGGACCAGACAUUGUCUCCAUGGAGCUGAGGCAGGUCGGCUACAAGGAUGAGAGUGGAGUUCCUUCCACGCUCCAGACAGUUCAACUUCCGGCGGCCGAGGCCUGGCAGACAACACAGUUGAAGCUCAAGCCUUCCCAGCAGUCCCAGAUUAUAAUUGCACUUACCAGAGGAAAAGGAGCCAAUGGAAUAGCCGCCGUCGGCGUUAUUUCAGCCGGGGAACCUGCAGAUGUCAUAGCUGAACAAGCAUCUCUUUCGUGCGACUUUGAGAACGGCACCUUCUGCGGAUGGGAUGCCAGCCUCGGCGACAUUCACUUUAAGCUGAACGAACCCGCCAAAAAAAAUCCACCCUUUCCCAAAUCUGACCACACCCUCCGGGCGUACAGAGGACGCUUCAUUUACGCCGAACACUUGGGCGCCAAGUACGCAACAGCUCGUCUCAAAAGCCCCGAGAUUCCAACCGACGUACGCAACGAAUUUUGCGUGUCCCUAUGGCACGCGGUUCUACCCAAGACGAAAGGAUUUAUUUCGCUGAACGACACAGUCUGGUCGAACCCCUUGCUGCGUGACCACUCAAGCAUUAUCCACCAUUGGGCACAUGACCUGGUUCAGAUGAAGUUGCCAGAAAAUGUUGACAGGUUUACCAUAGAUGCCCACAUGAUAUCUGGCUUGAUUGCACUGGAUGACUUGGUGCUGACUCCAGGUCAAUGUCCUAUGCCAAACAAGUGCACUUUUGAGAUCUUCAGUCCGUGCCGCUUCAACACGGAAUUCGUAAGUCCAAGAUUGUGGUACAUCGGUCGGAGCAGAGUGCUGAAUAUCCCUGACCACACCAUGCAAGACUCUACUGGCCAUUUUUUGUACGUGAACACAACCGUCGUUGAUCCCGCCCACCCUGAGGCCAGAGUCUUCCUCGAGCACCGUGGUCCCAGCCCCGCCACGUGCGUGACCUUCUGGUGGAAAGGCAUCGGAAAACCCAGCGAUCUCAAUGUAUACGUCCACAGAAAAGAAACUGCGCUGAGGGACCCAGUCCUUUCUGUGUUCACGCGACCAACACCCCACUGGUGGAACCCACGUUCUGUCACAGUUUCCUCAAAGACCAAGUGGCAGCUGGUGUUCGAAGCUGUCUCGUUCCCGUAUUUCACCGGACAGUCUGGUGUAAUGGUGGACGACGUCGAGUUCACCGAUGGAGAGUGUCCGCCUGAGAACUACUGCACUUUCGAAGAGGACGUCUGCAUUCCAUGGGCUGACGUGAAAUUGAAUUCAAGCACAGCCAAACUUGAAUGGGAAGUGGAGCGUGCUGGAAGCUUCGAACGACUGUCCAAUGAUCACACGUUGGGAACAGAGGACGGCCAUUACUUGUUGUUCAGAGGCACAGGAAACGUCAUGGACUCGGCUGUUCUCGAGCUACGGGAGCGUCGCUUUCAGUGUGCCAGUUUCUGGUACUUCAUUUCCGCGAGCUCCAGCGGAUGCCGCAUUGAAGUCGGCGACAAUGUCUUGCGUAACGCUACGCAGGGUUGGAAGCACUACACCUCUGACUUGAGCUUGAGCUGGGUACUACAGUAUGGGGUGACAAUCCGAGCCUACUCCGGAACCGACGACACUGCCUUCGUCGCCAUCGACGACAUUCGGGUGGACGAACGCCAGUGCACCGAACAUGACACGGUGAUCACGGAUGACUUCGUAUGUAGCAUUACCACUGAAGAGACGGUUCCGAUGGACAAGGUGUGCAACUUUGUCAAGGACUGCUCAAACGGUGUCGAUGAGGCAGAUUGCGGAAGCUGCGACUUCCGAAGUACUCCCUGCGGCUGGGACCUCGGACGUCUCGGAGACAAAGGUCUGCUAUCCUGGCAGAGAAGGCAAGUUGGAGAAAUUCCCGGAAGUCCCAAGCUUAACCACGACGACACCACAAACGGUUUCUAUAUGAUCUUUGCGGGUGAAAAAGAGUCCAAGCACGUUGUGGGAAAAGCGAUUGCAUCGGCGCCCAUCAUCCGAAACACGGACCAUCUUUGCUUGUUCACCUUCUGGUACAACUACGCCAACACUUCCACCCACGUGGACCUUGAACUUGAAACCAAGGGGUACAAGAUGAAUGUCUGGACUUUGCGUGCCGUUGCACCACCGCCUUCAGAAAGAAUCUGGCACCUCGGUUCAGUUGUUCUCGGACGCUACCCGGGAGAAGUGAGGCUCCAUUUUAGUGGGCUUCAGCACCCUGCGAAUGUCGGGUACUUCGCCAUAGACGAAAUCAAGUAUGCAGCCUGCGGCCUGCCUCCACCUGAUCCUUCGUCAUGCGAAGAGGACUUCAAGUGCGCAAAUGGAGCUUGUAUCUUCCAUUUUGAAGUGUGCAAUUAUGUCGACAGCUGUGGAGAUGGCAGCGACGAACAUAAUUGCGGAGACUACAAUCUGGGAUGCAACUUUGACUCUUCGUUUUGUGACUGGAAGCUGAUUGUGCCUAAAGAAAGUGCAUUCGAUACACCUGUGUGGACAAGGAUUCGUCCGGGCCGGACCUUGGCCUACUCCCCCACCAGGGACCACACCACUGGACUCCAAGAAGGCCGGUUCUUGAUUUUCCGUUCUAGUGAAACUGCAGUGCAAUCUGAAAUCGCCGGGCCUAUUCUACAAGCCAACGAUACCUGCGCGAUCACGUUCUUCUACACAAUCUACAACGGUGCUUCAUCGAGGUUAAUCCUCGGCGUGAGACACACGAUCGGCGGGCCGCUUACGGAGAUCUGGAGCACAGGGAAACUUGACACCUCCUUCGACUUCCUCGGACAUUUUGAGUACCUCCGUGAGGAACGUCCGUUCCAGGUGUUCUUCAGAGGUGAACACCGUGCCACCGACAAAGCCUCUUACAUCGCGAUCGACGACGUUUCCUUUACAAGUGGAUGCCGCCCAUACCACGGUACCUUGCCCAUUGCGCCCCCAACGCCCGCUCCCACGGACCCGCCCACCUGUCCUCAGGGACAGUUCGUAUGCGUCACGUCUCGCCAAUGCAUUCCACAGAGCCAGGUGUGUGACUUCAAGCAGCACUGCUCUGACGGAUCGGACGAAAGGGACUGCGGAGCUUGUGACUUCUCUACCGAUUUGUGUGGCUUGAGAACCGAUAACCCUGAUGCCAAGUACACGUGGAACCGAAUAUCGGCUAAGGAUGUCAGCAAGAAGCCAGCGGGUAACUAUGGGCUGCCGAAGACAGACUCUACGAACGAUCCCGACGGAUUCUACUGUGCCUUCAGGCACACAAAUACAGAUGCUCCAGAAGGAGGGCCGAAUGCCUUGCUAACUCCACCAUUGGGACUGGUGGCCCACCCUUGCACCGUCAGCUUUUAUGCAUUUCUUAAGCACGCCAAUGUAUCCCUGUGGUUUGGAGUGCAGAAAACGACCACGUCUGGAUUGGUUUACCGCAAGCGGUUCGCCCUCCUAAGGGGCAGUGAGAGCAAUGGAACCUGGAUUAAGAUGUCAGUCAAGGUUGGCAACUGGUAUCCUGGUGUCAGGUUCUACUUCUUGAGUGAUCAGAAACAUGCCAGUAUCGAUGGGAUCGAAUACCGUGACUGCCACCCAGACACGCGGAGCGACACCUACGAAGAGGAGUUGCACGUAAGCUGUUCGUUUGAGCGGGACGACGAGUGCGGGUGGUUCCCUGAGAACGAGGCGACAGAACUCGACUGGGUCAAGUACGCCGGCGGGAUCCUUAGUCGCCGCUGGCUGCCCCCUUAUCUUGACGUCGGGCAUUCAGGCCCGUACAUGUACACCACGAACCACGCGACCGAGGAGGGCAGAGGCCACCUGGUGUCCAAGCGCCUAGGUGCUUCGGGUCCCGCCGGCCGCUGCUUCUCUUUCUGGUACAGCAUGAGGCACCCCAACAGCGGAAGGCUCAGCCUCCUCUCCCGCUCGGAGGACAAUUCCACCGAACUUCUCUGGACCAGAUCUGGACCUCAGGGAAGGGCCUGGCUUAUGGGAUACGCAGAUGCCUACUCCGACUCCUACAGCCAUUUUGUGCUGGAGGCUGUUCUACCUGGAUCCACACCUGCGGUUAUUGCAGUGGAUCACAUCGACGUUAGGGGUGGAGAGUGCAAGAACAAAGUGGUGUGCGACUUUGAAUACAACUUGUGCGGCUGGACCCUACACGACUGGGAAAUCAACAGGGGAAACACGAUCCCGAAACCAAGUACUGAUCACACAACAGAAACAGGUUCAGGUAAAUAUGCUCGCCUGGCAAAGUCUUACGGUCGCCUGGUGAGCCCCGAAGUGCGCGUCCCGCCGUCUGCUGGACGCUGCGUCAAGUUCUGGUACUACCUGUCCGGCGGAGACGGGGAACAGCUGAACGUCAGCCGCGUGACAGACUUUCAGCGCGAGGAACCCAUCUGGAGCGUCCUGGCCUCUCAAGUGCCUUCCAUGACGUGGCUCUCCGGAUCCGUCGACCUGCUGGGACACCAGGGACCUCUCGCGGUUGCAUUCACGGGAACCACAUCCGGCGAUCACGAUACGGCAGUUGCCGUGGACGACAUUCAAAUCCACCAGGAAUCCUGCCCUCCUGCCGGAAGCUGCCAGUUCGAGGAAGACUUCUGCAACUGGGGGAACUCUGCGAGCCACAGCGGUGCAAUGCAGUGGUACCGCAACAGUGGCGCCACCAUGACCCCUGGGGGUCCCUCUGUCGACCACACUCUCAACACUCUGGAAGGAAUCUAUUUGCUCCUUGACUCUCAAGAUCUAUCCGUGCUUCAAAAUGGCUACCUAGAUAGUGAACUGCUCAGCUAUGGACCUGAUGCUUGUUUCCGUAUGUUCUACCAAAUGGCCCAAGGAAGUGAUGCAAAGAUCGAUAUCUGGGUUAAGGACCUGUCGAAAGUUCUUGUCCACAAGCAAACAAUCUCGGCUCCCGAAAAGAGUGGAUGGACAUUGUUCCAGCAAGAUAUGAAGAACCUGCCAGCUAUCUAUAGGAUUCGCAUUUCUGGUCAUCCUGGUAAACUGGGAAAAAGCGACGUUGCCAUCGACGACAUCGAAGUCUUCGCCGGGAAAUGCUCGGAGGGUCCGCUUCCAACCUCGGACGUUACGGCAUCGACACCUCAUUCAACGGAGUCAACUCCUAGGACUUUGGCUCCACCAGAAACACCACCCCGUAGCGAGGCUACAACGGCCGAAGUACCCACCAUGGGGUCGAGCACUGCGUCUGGAGAAACUGUGACGCCGCCUACUGCCGGGUGUGGUCAUGGAGAGUUCGACUGUCGGGACGACGAACACUGCGUCCCGUUGGGCCUGCUCUGCGACGGAGUGCGGGACUGCCCCAACGGACUGGACGAAAAGUGCGGUGGCCGCAACCAGUGCGAGAAAACACUGGCCUUCUGCCCAAGCGGGUCGCCGGACUGGUGCAUAAACCGAAACUUCUUAUGCGACGGCCACAAUGACUGCAGCGACGGAUCCGACGAGACCGUUUGUGGGAGUUGUCCGGCCUCCUUCUGCCUGAACGGCGGCCACUGCGAUGUCCUGGCAGCAGGCGAACGUCCGACGUGCACCUGUCCGGACACUGCGUCCGGAGAACGGUGCGAGCUUGUCGCUGGCAGCUCGGCCGAGCUACAAAUCCAUUCAUCCGCGGCGACUGCCUGGACCAUUGCGGUGCCAGUGGUUCUGAUUUUGGUCGGUGUUGCCAUCAUUGGGUUCCUCUACCAUAGAAGGAGGAGAACCCUGCUGAGUGCUCCUGUGUUUUUGAAUAACCCAUCGUAUGACGCCGCCUCCGAUGAAGCAAGAAUCUGACAUCUGCACAACGCCAGAAGAAAACAUCUGAAGACAUAACCAGUUUCAAUCAACAAGAUUGUGUCAUCACCAGUCAUCAUUGAGAUAGCGACAUAAGUCAGAUAUUUCUUUUUUCUUUCUUAACACCUUCUACUCCAAGGGUUAAUAAGAUACGCGAAGUCAAUAGAGCGUCAAUAUCAUUGCGAAGUAUAGUAUAUGCUUCUUAACCCUUUCGCGGCAUCGACGCCCGUUCCCGCGAGCUGUACCGCGUACUUGGAACAUUAUGUAGCGCGCUUACCCAACUGUGUGCUGCAGCAGAGAAAUGGAUGCAACAGUUAUUUUGGAAACUUUCAAAAUAUCAGUGCAACGAUUUUCAGACUUUGGUCAAUUAAUUGCGGAAAUCGGUCU